AUGACCAGCGACGAUGAAAAUGCCGACUACGACGCGAUGGACAUGGGGGACCAGCAGCUACAGCUACAGCAAUCGAUAGAUGGAAACACUCGAGCCUGUCAAUCAUGCCGUGCGUCGAAAGUCCGAUGCGAUCAGCCAAACCCAGGCAUGCCCUGUCUGAGAUGCCAGAAAUCCGCCAAACCGUGUAUCCCCGCUGGCCAGUCGUGGAAGAGCCAGCGCCACAUGAACAGUCGGAUCGUCGAGAUGGAGUCCAAAAUUGAUAAAAUGAUAUCCGCCGCUGCAACGCAGGGUCAAGGGCCGGACAAGACCCUCACACUGUAUAUGGACCACUUCACAAUGGAAACCAUCUUCAACCGCUAUAUGACAAAUAUGGCUCCGACGUUCCCCGUCGUGAUUUAUCCCCCUGGAACCACUGCUACGGAAGCACGUAACGCAAACCCCGUGCUCUUCUACGCCAUUCUUGAUGUUGCUUCGUCUGGAUUUUGCGAGCUGGAGGUUCAACGCCGUUUGCGAAAAUUGAUCGUACAAACAUACGUCCACUACAUGCUCCGAACAGAUCUCUAUAACCUUGGACUGCUACAAGCACUGAUUGUCUCCGCGACGUGGUAUCGGUCGAUCGAGCCGUUGCAACCAGGAGAGCAGAUGGACAUCUACCAGCUCAGUCACACGGCAGCCAACAUGGCGUUGAUUAUGGGGCUGGGAGAAAGUCUCAACGCAAAAUCCUGGGGAGGGCCGAUGUUUCCUCGUAAGCUAAAAGGAAACGGACCUCAAAGUCCUCACCAGGUAGAAUCCUUCGAUGCGCGGAGAGUAUGGUUGGGAUGUUACUAUCUCUGCUCAAAUACCUCCAUGUCUUUACACGCUCCGAAUGUCAUGCGAUGGACCCGCACCAUGGAUGAAUGCUUGGAAGCACUAGAAACAUCCACCGCGGCAUAUCCGUCUGACAAGGUUCUUUGUCAACAUAUCAGAUUACAACAUAUUACCGAAGAGUUUGCCCUGCAACUCUCUCUCGAAGAUUCUUCUGCUCCCAUGCCAACCCGCGCUAUUCAAACUCAAGUCACCCAUCGCGCCUUCAAACGUCAGCUGGCUGACUGGCGAACCAACAUGCAAGAUGGCGUUUGGAACGUCGCCAUGUGUACGCCUUAUUCCAAUAUCAGCCCGGAUAUAGACCCGGUUUCUGAAGAACAGGCCUUACAUGGUAUCAGAAACCAUGGCCCGGUGUUCAGUGAAUUCCUGGAGACAGUAGACAAUAUCUUCCGCGUGUUCACGUCGCUGGACAUGUCUGCGAUCCGAGCAUUCCCCGCGAUGCAUCUGCUUCGCAUGAUAUACACCGUCAUCAUCUUGGUCAAGCUCCAUUUUGCCGCGGUGAAAAUGGGCAGCGAAGAAGCCCAGCAGCAGCUCGACCGGGCUAGCGUCGCGAGACGCCUAGACUGCAUUAUCCAGAUGUUCGCCGGAUGGGGCACACUGUGGCCCGCGACCAAACUGACGACGGCAUUUUUCAAAAUCCGAGCAUGGUUUGAAAAGUGCGAAGACGGCCAGGCACCAGCACAACACGAUGGGCCGGUGUUUAGUCAAUGGCGAGUCAACGCCUUGCCCGUCCCCGAAAUGGACUAUUCCGAUUCUUCCUUCCACCCUGUUUCGUCGGAUGACGGCUCGGGAUUCUUCUCCGGGUCUCACAUCCCGGCCUCGUGGAGUGGCUCUCUGGCGUCGGAGCACAUGGAAAGCAUUCCAUUUUCAUUUGGCUCGCCUUUGGGUAUUGACUUUCCUACUGGCCUCACCCCGACGAGUAAUAGUGACCUGUUCAACUAUCCCCUCUCCUUGAAAGAUUUACCACCGUUGAUGAGUAGCGAUACCACAAAUGACCCGGCAUAA